CACACACAGAAAACGAAACUGACUCGGGAGUUUCACGAGAAACCCCUCAGAACAGAAAGCAACCGAACUCCUUGAGGUAUUUAAGCAAUCGGCAGCUGAGGUUGAAUGACACCUACCUUCAGGUCUUAGUUCCAGACAUCAUCCUGCAUCAUAUUUCUGACUUUCCUUCCCCCUGAAAACGACUCCACUUGAAAUCAACACGCACCGGCUAAAGAAAUGUCUCAUUCUAAACCACUGCUCAUCCCGUGGCUGCGGACCAAGAUUGACAGCGAAAGGUAUCCCGGUGUCCACUGGACAAACCCGGACAGGACAGAGUUCGCCAUCCCGUGGAAACAUGCUUUAAGACAGGACUCCUCCGACACUGACAUCCUCAUCUUUAAGGCCUGGGCAGAGGUAAGUGGCAAUGGCCGGGCUCAUGGAGACCCCUCGGUCUGGAAGAGGAACUUCCGCAGCGCCCUCCGAGCCAAAGGCUUCAAAAUGGUCUCUGACAACAAGAACGACGCUGCUAACCCCCAUAAAGUGUUUCGCUGGCCGGCCGAGUCACCAUCAGGAGCGACCUCUUCUGCUGGAUCCCAGGACCAAGAUGACCCCAAUUUGUUUGAGGAUUAUCCCCUUCCUACACAAGAAAGGCAGGUCAUUCCAUGCUUUGAUGGCCCUCUCUAUCUUCCAGAAGACACUGUGUUUUCAGCAGAAUCCUCUGCCAACCAUGAUCUUCUCCAGGAGUGUCUAAUGGGACUGAACAUUGGCCCUGAAACAGAGGGCACCGCAGGCUUUGAGCCUCCUCCGGAGCAACAGCAGCUCCAAAACCCAGUUGUGAUUGGUGGACGCGCGUUGCCUGGGCAACAGCAGUAUCCAGUAAUGUUUGAGGGUUCAGUCGGUGAAGCUGGGUUGCCUGAGCAACCGGCACAUCCAAUGGAGGGAGCCAUGGGAGGGGCCAAUGAUGGGCAUCUGGCAGAGCAGUUCCUACAUACAAUGACCCAAACCAGUUAUGGAGAGAAUUUCAAGACUCAAUUCAGGAUAUUAGUGUACUACAGAGGGGUGAUGGUGUCUGAGCAGGAGGUUCAGAAUGAAGUUGGUAUCCGCUUAGUCUACAGGCCUGAACUCAAGGGGACAGCUUUGGAUCACGAGUCAGGCCUGACCCUGGUCUCUCUGCCAAGCCCUGGACAAAUGCUGGAUCAUACCCAAGCCAAUCUGACCCAACGCAUCCUGGACAAGCUGGGCGAUGGUUUGGACGUGGGGGUGUCAGGCCAUGUGGUCUACGGCCAGCGACUUGGUGAAAUCAAAGCAUUUUGGAGCUUCUCCAAGUUUGAUAGCAGCAGGCAGCCACAAGAGAUUUCUAAACUGGAGCCUCAACCAAUAUACCACUUCAAGGACUUUGUGCGAGGUAUAUUGGAAUUCAUUGAAGGGAAAAAUUGCCCUCCGUGCUCCCUGUUCUUCUGCCUCGGUGAGAAGUGGCCUGACUCAGACAACCGGCCUUGGGAGAAGAAACUCAUCACAGUGGAGGUGGUCCUGACUUCAAUGGAGCUACUGAAGAAUAUGGCGGUUGAAGGCGGCGCCUCAUCCCUGCAGUCGAUGGAGCUGCAGAUGUCCCUUGAAGAGAUGAUGGAGAUGUACUGACGCACUUUGCUUAGACUGAAGAAAGUCAUCGUUUACACUGUUUUGUAAACUUAACCUCGACAAGAACAUCUCAAAAAUAAUCUUGUUGCUACACCAAAUAGAAUAAUAAGGCUGGUAUUAAUAUCUGUUGGUACUGUACAAAGGUGCAGCUUGUACCAUGUUUAAAGCUACAUUGUGUUACAAUUUCUCCCCUGUAGCGAUGAAAUUGAAUAUGACGACGAACUGAAUAUUACUUUCUAGACCUUCCCAUUCAUGGAUGUAUUAAGAGAACUUGGCCAAAACCGAAAUUAGCUCUUAGUAUCUCCAUCGUUUACAUGCAGCUGUUCUAGCCACUCCAAUAUUAACUUUGGUCUUUUCCUUUAUCCCUUUAUUGUUUGAAUUUUCUUUUUCGACUCCUUUACAUGUCCUCGAGAAUAGAUGUGAUCUUCCAUCUUCAACAGGCUUUUCAAAUCUGCCGGCCGGCGAGUAAUCUUCCCCUAGCAAAAAUUCAAAAGGUAUGUCCCUCUUUGAAUUCCGGUCGAUUCCAACACAUAGCUCUGUUGUCUGUAAAUUAGGAGUGCUGUUGGUAGAGAGAAAAAUGAAAGCUUGUUGUAGUUUGUAGACGGUCACUAACUGCCGUUUUAAUACAGGAACUAAACACAGCUGAAUUAGCAUUUCUUUUACAUUUACAUUCACAUGGAUAGGCACUUUUAAUGACAUUUUGAACAUGAUAAGGGGCUAAAAACACUUUCAAAAAUUGCCCUGUUCAGGUGCUAACGCUAGCAGGAGGAUAACACGGUGUAGGCAGCACCGAUCGGUUUCAUUUAUUUCACUAAUGAAGCGACUCGCUCGUGUGUAUUCUGAAUGAUUCUGAAUGGCAGAUUCUACGCUUACGAGAAUAUUUUGAUUAGCUGGUGGAAGUAAUUACACAUGAAUCAGCACAUAUUUGUGAAAGAACAAAAGGGUUUUUGCUAAGAAUCUACUCAAAAAAUUAACCAAUGUAGGUUUAAACAUAAAUAAGUGCUUUUAAAUCUAUUUAGGUAUUUUUACAUUUAAUGAGACUGAUCAGAGUCGUCAGGCAGGAACUUUUUUUAAUCAGUGAUGGUAUUGGUGCUAGUGUUUCUGAGAAUUAAAUCCACUUUCUGAGAUUUCUUAUUUGUUUGAGAUUCUGCUGCUGUCAUUUACUGGAAGUAUAAGUUGAUUUAACAGUGCAGAUGUUUGGAUUUUGUAUCACAUGAGACAGUUUUAGCACAAUAUGCACACACACUUGAGCACAAUCUGAGAGUUAUGUACCGCAACACACUAGAGACUGCUGUGAAGAUUUCGAUUUCAUCUUCUACCGAAGAUCACGGCUAACCAAUGAGUGUGUGUAUCAGAUGAAGCCUAUAGAGGAAACUGAAUGAAACGAUUCAUUAAAAUACACAAUAACAGUAUUAUAAGGGUUCAAGACUUUAUUAAAACAGUUGACAAAACUGAAAUCAGUUCCUUAUUAGGAUCUACCAUCAACUCAACUCAAACCAGUGUGACCUUAUUCCUGCUCCAUAUUAUUAGUUUGAAUCCAAAGAAGUAGAAAGGAAAAAAGAGCUUAUAGCCUUUCUUGAGUUCAUUUAGUUUUAGAUUUGCUGACUGGAUUUGGGUGAGAACUACACUCUGUAUUCAUGUUUUUCAAUACAUUACAUUACAUUACAUUUUAUUUAUUUUCAUUCAUUUACAACAUGUAUACAUGCACUGUCAAACAUUUGAAAUGUGACAUUUACAAAAGAAUAUCAAUAAAUGGAAUAAGUGGA